AAACCAAAACAUGACCCAAUGAAAAGGCCUUGUUUUCUCAUCAUUUAAAGCACGUUAAGCACUUGACCUUUUUCCAACAUAACACAACCCUCCAAAACAUUCACUAAGAUUAAAAUAACACAUGAUGGUUCGAUCAGUGUAGAAGGAGUUGAAGAACAAAUUAAACAGGAUGAUCUCAGGUUGUUUCAGCCAACCCAACACUCCCUCAUCAAGCAACAUCAGCUACAGCUCCCAAGUGCCACAGAAUGUGGUGACAUGCACAUACCUAACUCAACUAUGCAACUCCCCCACUUAUCUCACUCUCAGCUGGUCCAGAACCCUUUUCUCCCACUCCCUAACCAUUUCAGCCACAGAUAUAUUUUCCAUCACAAUUUCUCUGAACUCCUCAACCUUCUUCUUCAGAACACGCCAUGGCUCAAAAUCAAUCAACAACCGCAAAAUCAAGCUCCACUGGAACUUCACCCGCGCCGAGUUCAUUCAAAACUCCGCUGAGCCAGAGUCACGCUUCUACUUGGCAAUCUCACACAAUGGCAAACUCCAAUUCUUUUUGGGCGACCUUGUCCGCGAUUUGACUCGGCGCCACAAAAAGCUCGACGUUAAGGCUAACAACGUUGUUGACCCAGUUCUGGUGUCGAGAAGAGAGCACGUGUUCGGAAGAAGGUGUUACGUGUCACGUGCGGUGUUCAUGGGGUCGAAGCACGUGAUAGAGAUCGAGUGCGGAGGGGGUGUGCUGGGAGUGAAAGUGGACGGUGAGACGCGGUUGGUGGUGAAAAGGUUGGCGUGGAAGUUCAGAGGGUACGAGAAGAUAUUCAUCGACGGCGUUGAAGUGGAGUUUUAUUGGGACGUGUUGAGUUGGGUGGUUAACAGAGACAGCAAUAACGGGCACGGCGUCUUUGUGUUCCAAGUGGGAGAUGGAACGGUGUGGCCAGAAAUGGUGGGUGCGGAGAAGAAAUUAAUGAACAAGAGCGUGUCGUCGGCUUCUAGCGUCUUGCAAUGGGCAGAGGAGACUAGUGAGUGUGGGAGGACCUCUUCUUCUUCAUCCACAAAGUUUUCUGGGACCAAUGCCACCGGCUUCUCUUUGUUGCUCUAUGCUUGGACCUUUAAUUAAUUCAUUUCAUCUCUACUCUCUUCACAUUACUGGAUUUCAAAGUUUAGAUUGGGUUGCAAACAAUUAUUUUGUUCAUAUAUGUAUCUAUGUAUACCUUUCUUUCAUGUUCUUCUAUGUAUGCACAGAUUUCAUUAUUUCACUUUUAUAUAUAACUAAACUGCAAUGGAUUGCCUCUUGAAA